AUGUGUUUUCUAUUAUAUUUGCCCUCGUUCCUUGUAAUGCUCGACCAAGCCACUUCCGCUGAUGAUCCUAUUCUUGUCCGGAAAAUGCUGGCUAAACAGGGUUCAGGGUCUCUAUAUCCAAACGACACCAAGAUAGCCGUUGUAAUGGGGAAUUUUGAUAUGUUCGAAAUCAACUAUGCAAAUUACGCGCCCUACUUCGAAGAGUGGGUCUUUUUGUCGUUGGCUAUGGUAAGCCUCGUCAGUCCCUGUAUCACCAUCUACUACGUCUUACCAUACCGCAAGAGGGUUACCUCAAUUUUAAUGCCUUUUACUAUCGAAGAGGAAAAUUCCGGAUUGGCGGAGAUAUUC